GUAGCAUCGCGCCCGUUCGCAGGCCGAAUCGGAGGCAACCAAGAAUUUACAGUCUCUGCUGACGAUGCGUCGUUCACUAAGAUUCCAGAUGCUGCAUCGUCAUUUUCAUGGGCACAGUCGUUCUCUCCUAGCGCGUUCGCUGAUGUUGAACUGUGGAAAGAAUCUAUCAUCGAAGGCGUGGGCACAUGUCUGCAAGUCUACCUCUCUGGGCUGGUAUCUGUUGGCCUUGGGCCGCUCGUUUUAGCGACCAGUCUAGGACCUGUUGCGCCGGCGGCGUUUGGAAGCAUUUUCAACGGAAUUUUGAUUGCACUAUUCAUCUUCGGUGCAGGACCAGUCUCAGGAGCGCAUUUCAACCCGCUAAUUACGAUGGCGACGUUCACAGCGCGACUGUCAAUUUUCCCAAGGACAUUGCUGUAUGUAGUCUUCCAGAGUCUGGGAGCUGUAAUCGCAGGGUUUUUGAUUAGAGCGAGUUUGGGGUUGGCGCCAGAGGAAUUUCCACCCGUGCCUGGGUGCUAUGUUGAUGCGAGUCUGGUCACUCCUGGUGAAGCUUAUGCGCUGGAGACCAUGACCUCUUUUGCUUUGGUAUUUAUUGCAUUCGGGGUUGGCCUCGAUCCACGACAGCGGGAGGUAUUCGGACCGGCAUUGUCGCCGAUAUUGGUCGGCCUCGCGCUUGCAAUCUGCACUUUCGCCUCUGGUGUAGCCAGGGCUGGUUAUUCAGGCGCCUGUAGGUUGCUAGUUCUG